AUGCUUGCGAAGCACAGGGUGCCAAUGAUGACACCGAAAAGAAACGAUACAGACAUUUCAAAGGUUUGGCAAAAAAUGACACUUGUUUCUUGUUGGCGAUGCCUAUUUUAUAGUACUGAAGUUAGUGGCGAUUCAUUAUUUAUUAAAACACCGGUGCAACCGUCCACCGGCCCACCGCUCACUGGUCCACCGUCCACCGUCCACCGUAAAGACCGGUGAACCGGUCUCUACGGUGGAACGGUGAGCAGUGCAUCGUCACCGUUGCAUGCCUAGUAAUAAUAGAAGAUAAGACUUAUAUCGAAUCAAUGUCGAAAGUAACUGGUCAUUUUUCUUCAAUUAUUAAACAUUCAUCAAUCAAUCAUCGAUCUUUUUCAUGGAAACAGAU